GACCUGCGCGCGGGCCGUCGCCCCCGGGCAUGCGAGACGGCAGCUCGGCCGGCGGGCCCGGAGCGGCGCUGAGGCCGGCCGCUCACGCUCUCCCCACUUUGGCCUGGACCCAAUCUCCAAGGGCUAAAAAUAUUGCCCGGAGGCUCCUGGGCCGAAUCAGAUCGCGCUAAGUAGGGCACAGCGCAGAGGCGACAAAGCUUCGGGGCCCCAGGGCCGGAGGAGCAGACUCCGGAGCGCGGUCCUGCCCUCGGGCGCAUCGGCUAGCGCUGGUCCCCUGCCGGCAGGUGUGUGUGGAGGCCAGUAUGAAGCUGAAAAAGCAAGUGACCGUAUGUGGGGCUGCCAUCUUCUGUGUGGCAGUCUUCUCACUCUACCUUAUGCUGGACCGAGUGCAGCAUGAUCCCACCCGACACCAGAAUGGUGGGAACUUCCCCCGGAGCCAAAUUUCUGUGCUGCAGAACCGCAUUGAGCAGCUGGAGCAGCUGUUGGAGGAGAACCAUGAGAUUAUCAGCCACAUCAAAGACUCUGUGCUGGAGCUGACAGCUAACGCAGAGGGCCCACCUGCCCUGCUGCCCUACUACAUGGUAAAUGGCUCCUGGGUCGUGCCACCAGAGCCCCGGCCUAGCUUCUUCUCCAUCUCCCCUCAGGACUGCCAGUUUGCUUUGGGGGGCCGCGGCCAGAAGCCAGAGCUGCAGAUGCUCACCGUGUCAGAGGAGUUGCCGUUUGACAAUGUGGAUGGCGGCGUGUGGAGGCAAGGCUUUGACAUCUCCUAUGGCCCACACGACUGGGAUGCCGAAGACCUGCAGGUGUUUGUGGUACCCCACUCUCACAAUGACCCAGGCUGGAUCAAGACCUUUGAUAAGUACUACACAGAGCAGACCCAGCACAUCCUCAACAGCAUGGUGUCCAAGCUGCAGGAGGACCCGCGGCGGCGCUUCCUCUGGGCAGAAGUCUCCUUCUUCGCCAAGUGGUGGGACAACAUCAAUGCCCAAAAGAGAGCAGCAGUCCGAAGGCUGGUGGGAAACGGGCAGCUGGAGAUUGCGACAGGAGGCUGGGUGAUGCCAGAUGAGGCCAACUCCCACUACUUUGCAUUGAUUGACCAGCUCAUCGAAGGACACCAGUGGUUGGAGAGAAAUCUUGGUGCAACCCCACGUUCUGGCUGGGCAGUGGACCCCUUUGGAUACAGCUCCACCAUGCCUUACCUGCUCCGUCGUGCCAACUUGACCAGCAUGCUGAUUCAGAGGGUGCACUAUGCCAUCAAGAAGCACUUUGCUGCCACCCACAGCCUGGAGUUCAUGUGGAGGCAGACAUGGGACCCGGACUCCAGCACAGACAUCUUCUGCCACAUGAUGCCCUUCUACAGCUAUGACGUCCCUCACACCUGUGGUCCAGAUCCCAAGAUCUGCUGCCAGUUUGAUUUCAAACGCCUGCCUGGUGGGCGCAUCAACUGCCCUUGGAAGGUGCCCCCCCGGGCCAUCACAGAGGCCAACGUGGCAGAGAGGGCAGCCCUGCUCCUGGACCAGUACCGGAAGAAGUCCCGGCUGUUCCGAAGCAAUGUCCUCCUGGUGCCGCUUGGCGAUGACUUCCGGUAUGACAAGCCCCAGGAGUGGGAUGCCCAGUUCUUCAACUACCAGCGGCUCUUUGACUUCUUCAACAGCAGGCCUGACCUCCACGUGCAGGCCCAGUUUGGCACCCUGUCUGACUAUUUUGACGCUCUGUACAAGAGGACGGGGGUGGAGCCAGGGGCCCGGCCUCCAGGGUUUCCUGUGCUGAACGGGGAUUUCUUCUCCUACGCGGACCGGGAGGAUCAUUACUGGACGGGCUACUACACUUCCCGGCCUUUCUACAAGAGCUUAGACCGAGUCCUGGAAGCCCACCUGCGGGGGGCAGAGGUUCUGUAUAGCCUGGCUGUGGCUCACGCCCGCCGCGCUGGACUGGCCGGGCAGUACCCGCUGUCUGACUUCACCCUCCUGACGGAAGCUCGGCGCACCCUGGGGCUCUUCCAGCACCAUGACGCCAUCACUGGCACCGCCAAGGAGGCCGUGGUGAUGGACUACGGGGUCAGGCUUCUGCGCUCACUUGUCAGCCUGAAGCAGGUCAUCAUUAAUGCAGCUCACUACCUGGUGCUGGGGGACAAGGAAGCCUACCACUUUGAUCCCGAGGCGCCCUUCCUCCAAACGGAUGACACCCGCUUAAGUCACGAUGCCCUGCCGGAGCGCACGGUGAUCCAGCUGGAUUCCUCACCCAGGUUUGUGGUGCUAUUCAACCCGCUGGAACAGGAGCGGCUCAGCGUGGUGUCCCUGCUGGUCAACUCACCCCGCGUGCGUGUCCUUUCGGAGGACGGUCAGCCUUUGGCUGUGCAGAUCAGUGCACACUGGAGCUCUGCCACCGAUGUGGUCCCCGAUGUCUACCAGGUGUCUGUGCCCAUCCGCCUGCCGGCCCUGGGCCUGGGUGUGCUGCAGCUGCACCUGGGCCUGGAUGGGCCCCGCACGCUGCCCUCGUCCGUGCGCAUCUAUCUGCACGGCCGGCGGCUGUCUGUCAGCAGGCACGAAGCAUUUCCUCUCCGCGUCAUUGACUCUGGCACCAGCGACUUCGCCCUCAGCAACCGAUACAUGCAGGUCUGGUUCUCAGGCCUUACUGGGCUCCUCAAGAGCAUCCGAAGGGUGGACGAGGAGCAGGAGCAGCGGGUGGACAUGGAGUUCCUCGUCUAUGGUACCCGCACAUCCAAAGACAAGAGUGGAGCCUACCUCUUCCUGCCUGAUGGCGAGGCCAAGCCCUACGUCCCCAAGGAGCCCCCCGUGCUGCGUGUCACUGAAGGCCCUUUCUUCUCGGAGGUCGUUGCGUACUACGAGCACGUUCACCAGGUGGUCCGGCUUUAUAACCUGCCAGGGGUGGAGGGGCUGUCUCUGGACAUGUCAUCCCUGGUGGACAUCCGGGACUAUGUCAACAAGGAGCUGGCCUUGCGCAUCUACACAGACAUCGACAGCCAGGGCACCUUCUUCACAGACCUCAAUGGCUUUCAGGUGCAGCCCCGGCGGUAUCUGAAGAAGCUGCCCCUGCAAGCCAACUUCUACCCCAUGCCAGCCAUGGCCUACAUCCAGGACACACGGAGGCGCCUCACGCUGCACACUGCCCAGGCCCUGGGCGUCUCCAGCCUCAGAGACGGCCAGCUGGAGGUGAUCUUGGACCGGCGACUGAUGCAGGAUGACAACCGGGGCCUUGGCCAAGGGCUCAAGGACAACAAGAGGACCUGCAACCGUUUCCGCCUGCUGCUGGAACGGCGAGCCGUGGGCAGCGAGGUCCAAGACGGCCGCUCCGUCAGCUACCCGUCCCUCCUCAGCCACCUGACCUCCGUGCACCUGAACACCCCGGCGCUGGCCCUGCCCGUAGCCAGGCAGCAGCCCCCAGGCCCCAGCCUGCGCUCCUUUCAUCCUCUGGCGUCCUCGCUGCCCUGUGACUUCCACCUGCUCAACCUGCGCUCGCUCCAGGCCGAGGAUGACACCUUGCCCUCGGCAGAGACCGCACUCAUCUUGCACCGCAAGGGUUUCGACUGCGGCCUCGAGGCCAAGAACUUGGGCUUCAACUGCACCACGAGCCAAGGCAAGGUGGCCCUGGGGAGCCUUUUCCAUGGCCUGGACGUGGCGUUCCUGCAGCCCACCUCCCUGACGUUACUGUACCCGCUGGCCUCGCCCUCCAACGGCACCGAUGUCUACGUGGGGCCCAUGGAGAUCGCCACCUUUCGCCUCCGCUUGGGCUAGGGCUUCUCAUGGCCUGACAAGAAAGUUCAUGCACAGAGACCGCCGCUCACCGUUACGAUGGGGUUGGACGAUCCGCACGGGGUAUCCUGUCCUGAUCUGCCUCCCAGAACUGUGACAGACUGGGCUGUGCCCUCAUCUUCUGUUCAUUGCUGCUUCUGUGUUUGGGGCAACCCACAAGCCCAGUGGCGGGUAAAUGGGGCAGUGAGGUCAGGGAGGGAAGGCCCUUGGUCAGAGCAGGCGGUGCCAGGCUCAGCUGCCGGUUGUAAGUGGCCGCCAGUGGGGCACAGGCUCAAGCACCCGUCCUUUUCCCAAAGGGGACGCAGGAGACGCCGAGGCUCACAAAGAGGUGAGGGAGGCUAAGCACGUAACCGCCCAGCACAGGGUCAGUGUGGUGAGAGCUGGCUCUAGGGGAAUCCUAUGUUAUGUGGAGACCACGUGUCUGGUGUGACCAGGACCAGAGUGACUCUGGGGAGAGAGGGAGGGGGACCCAGAGUUAGCAGUGGGUGGAGGAGUUGAAGAAUCCAUGCUUCUCCGAGUAGUCUGAAGGCCUUGCUGCUCUCUGUGAUGGCUCCACUGUAAGUGCCACCUGGCCUACGUGCCCUGGCUUGGGGCUGCAGGGUGGCAGGAAGGACUCACUAGACACCGUCAAGGCCAGAGGUCAUAGGACACUUCAGGUAUCAAAACCUCUAUGGCAAGCUGGGCAUGUGGCCUAUGUGUUGACUUGCAGGAGGGUGGCAGGGGCGUUGGGGUCCUUCGCCCUACCUGACCCCUCUCUGGCCCCUUACUCCAUACACCACCCUUCCCAAGAGCUCCUGCCCGUCACGGGGCUUGGUCCUAGUCCCUCCACCCAGAAAGAAAGUGAAUCGUCUGAGACCCACGUGCUCGGGCAGCUGGAGAAGGCUUUCAGCACCACGCCUGGCAGCCAGGCCCUUGGUCCGUCCCUCCACAGAAACCCUCGAUUCCUGGCCGGGGCGCAGGGAUGUGAGACUACGUCAGGAGGCAGCGUGGCUGCCCAUGGCCCUCACUGCAGCUUCGAAUAACAGAGAAACAUUCACGGUAGUCUCUACAGGCGCGGGAAAGACACUUGGUAAAACUUAAAAUCCAUCCCUUAUUAAAACUCUAAGUAAGUUAAGAUUAGAAAGAAACAUCCUAAUCUAGAUAAAGGUGUCUCUCAGAAAUGAAGGUAUUGGCAUUCUGAAGAGUCAGACACCACAGGCGUUCCCCUUAAAGCCAGAAAGCAGCCAAGGGCAGCUGUUACUUAGCAGCGUCCUGGCCCUACUAAGCCCUCGAUGAGGUAGAUGAGGGAGACCAGGAAGAAUUAGCAUUGUCGCCGUUUGUAGACAAUAAAACCACCUACCUUGAAACUCUAAGAGAAUCAAGUGAAGACCUAUUCAGAGUAUUCUGGAAGUUCACCCAGUGAUACUACACAUCACGUCUGUGUAAGGAUUUUGGUUCUCCCCAAAUUGGCCGAUAAAUUCAAUGUAAUUCCAGUGA